AUGGACCAGAACAUCAAAGGAAUGUUUGCAACAUCUUGUGAAAUCCAUGCCAUGAAGAAGCUGCGGGGGGACAGCAGCACGUGCUCAGGGAGAGUGGAGCUAAGGUAUGAGGGCUCCUGGGGGACCAUCUGUGAUGACUUAUGGGACAUAAAUGAUGCCCAGGUGGUCUGCAGACAGCUGGGCUGUGGGGCAGCACUGAAGGCUCAUGGGAACGCUGCAUUUGGGAGAGGAAACGGCUCCAUUUGGCUCAAUGAGGUGAAGUGCAGGGGUGAUGAGCUCCACCUGUGGGGCUGUCCUCACUCUCUUCAGGACCACACGACCUCCUGCUCUCACAAAGAGGAUGCUGGUGUCACCUGUGAAGGGAUGUCUUUUGAACAUGUGACUGCCAAGGAAACUACACAAACAUCCACAACUACAACCACAGCAAAAGCAGUUGAACCCAGAUCACUGCCCCCACAAGGCCCGUCCAUCCCUCUUGUGGUCUUCCUUGUAUUGGGGGCUUUUCUCUUCUUGCUGCUGGUGCUGCUGGCUGGACAGUUGUACCAAAACAGGGUUCUCAAGAGAGCCCUGUACCAAGGGGGUCUUACCCCUCUACAUGAGGCCAUCUAUGAGGAGAUAGAAUACAACCUGACCAGGGGAGAGACAUACAGAGGUGCCAGGAAAGGAAGUGUCCUGUCUGAGGAUGUGCCCUCUGGGUACGAAGAUGUGGAGGACAGUGAGGGAGACCCCCUCUCAGGGACAGAUGAGAAGAAAGAAUACUAUGAUGAUGCUUUUCCUAUGGAAAAAAGUGCAGGUGGUCUGUCAGAGGAUCUGCGUACAGGAGACACAGCAGAGGACUAUGAUGAUGCUGUUACCACAGGACAGAGUCCAGGUUCAGCACUGAUGGGGACAGAAGACAUAGAGGAGGACUAUGAUGAUGCUGUGGGUGUAGAACAGAGUCCACAUGUGUUACCAGAAGAAAAAGCGUUGACCACUCUGCCCCCUCGUGAGGGACCCCCUGGUGAGGGACCCCCUGGUCCUGACCACACUGACUAUGAUGAUGUGGGAGAUGGAGGAUCGUCUGCAGUUCUGGAAUCUCUCUGUGACUCAGAGUCCAGUCUGAGUCUGAAGGUCCUUCUGCCCAAAGCUUCAAACCAACAGGCUCAUCAAGAUCUGAUGUUUCUAAAGUAGCUGGUAACACAGUAACCUUUGAUUUUUAAGUUUUCAUUUUUCU